UUACUACUUUUAAUGUGCGGAUAGGAAACGUUUGUGCAAUACGUAAAUUGAAAACUUCAACAAAAAUUGUUUUCAGUGCAAACUCACCCCAUUGAAGAUGGCAUCAAUAGGUGCGAUAUUAGCAUUUAUAACGAUAAUUGGAAACGUCCUUUUCCCAAUUUGCGGAGCCGUCGAUCCGGACUGCGAUUAUUACCAAUACAUAAAAGUGAAUCAACAAUUUUACAUCUACAACUCUGAGUAUCCUAAUUACUAUGGUAGAAAUGUUAACUGCAGAUGGAUAGCAGAAGGAGAGCCUGGAACACAAAUUGAGUUGAGCUGCUCCGAUGUGCAGAUACCUCCGUCCCAAAAUUGCAUUGAGGAUCAUCUGGCAAUCGAUCUAAAUGGAGAUACGUCGCUUAGCAAUGCUCCAACAUAUUGUGGAACUGGCACACUUCACAUGAUUUCCGAAGAAAACGUUUUAACAGUUGGUUUACGUUCGACUUCAUUCACUCGAGGCGGCAGGUUUUAUUGCGCGGUGACAGCAAUCCCAUCUACUAAACCUCCACCACCUAAAUGCGAUUGUGGAUACAGACAAGAAAGACGAAUCGUGGGUGGUGUCGAAACCGGUGUUAAUGAAUUCCCCUAUAUGAGUGGUAUAGUCGAUAUGGAAAACAGAAUUAUUCGAUGUGGUUCAAGUAUUAUAUCCAAAAGGUACGCUAUAAGUGCGGCUCAUUGCUUCAAUGGAAAAAAUACUUCGAAUUUAGCUUUGGUUGUUGGUGAACACGAUGUAUCUACUGGAACAGAAACAUCUUACUCAAGAAUAUACCUCUUAAGCAAUAUCAUAGUUAACACGAAUUACAAUGAAAGCGCGGAUUACACAAUGUACGAUGUAGCGUUGGUCAAAACGCAACAAGACAUCGUCUUUAGUAUCGCCGUUGGACCGGUCUGUUUACCAUUCAAGUUCUACUAUCAGAGCUUUGCAGGAGACGUUGCUACCAUUCUAGGGUGGGGAACUACAGAGUUCUCUGGACCAGUUUCUGAUGUUUUGCUCAAAGCCAACGUCACUGUUUACUCGAAUACAGACUGCAGACACAGCAUAAUAGAUCUUUUGCCCAAUCAAAUGUGUACAUCAACAUAUAAAACUGACGCCUGCCAAUAUGACUCUGGUGGUCCGGUGAUUUUCGCAGAUCCCAACACGAGACGCGACUUCUUGGUGGGAACAAUAUCUUUCGGUAAAGGAUGUGCUAGCGAUUUCCCCUCUGUAAACUCGAGAAUUACUAGUUUCUUGGAUUGGAUUAAGGACCAGACUCCUGAUGCUGAUUACUGCUACAAAUAAAUGUGUAUUAUAUUAUUAUAAAAUAUAAUCCAAUAAAGUGUACAAUAAUUAACUGUUUA